CGCGCGACGGCGAUGGCGACGGCGACGAUCGGUCGAGCGACGCUCGAGGCGACGCGCGCGCGCGCGCGCGCGACGGCGACGCGCGCGCGCGGACGAUGGGACGCGGGACGCGCGGCGAGGGCGAGGGCGACGGGACGCGCGCGCGCGACGGGACGCGGCGACGGCUUCGGGGACGCGGAGACGAAUCCAGCGGCGGGACUGAAAGCGCCGAGCACGCCGGAGAGCCCGCGAGGGCAGCAGCUGGCGUACAUACUGCGAACGGCGCCGGAGAUGUUCGACGCGGCGGUGGAUUCGCAGUUGGACGGGCUGGGCGAGGAAGUCGAACGCGAGGCGAAGAGCGCGAGCGAGGAGGCGAAGACGGAGCAGUUGGUGCUGUUUAAACGAAUCGCGGACGUGCGGGCGCUGGAGCGGAGGAACGGGCUGGAGGAUAUCAUGUACACGACGAUCAUUCAAAAGUUUUUGAGCGUCGGCGUGGAUAUGUUGCCGCCGUUGGACGAGACGACGAUGCUGAAGGGGAUCGAUUUGAAUCGGUUGACGGACGGCGUGCACAGCAAGGAGGCGCUGGACAUGGUGCGAGAACACCUGAUGGCCGUGUUGGGAGGGGCGGGGGAGAACGCGUACUCGUCGCAGCUCGUGCGGAUGUCCAAGCUUCAGGCGGCGCAGGUGUACGCGGCGUCGAUCAUGUUUGGAUACUUUGUCACGCGCGCGGAUAAGCGGUUCCAGCUCGAUCGCAUGGUGGGCACUUUGCCCAUGGACCCGAUGGAGAGCGCCAUGGCGCUCGAACGCUUGUUCAACAGCGCCAGCGCGAUGGAUUCCAUCGACGAGGCUGACGCGGCGCCGCAAAACUUUGGCGGCGAGGAUUUCGACUUGUUCAGCGACAGCGCCCCCUCGAGCGGGACGGGGAGUCAACUCACUCUGAAGCAAUACAUUCAGAACUUUGAUCAGUCCACGUUGGCGCAAACGGCGCGCAUCGUUUCCAUGGAGGGCGUACAAGUGGCCGAGCGCCAAACCGGCGCGUUGUUCGGUUCGAUCGAAGAUUUGCAACGCGAGAUGCAAGACGCGGUGGGCAUGAACGCGGUGACCCCGGAAGAGCUCAUGGAUGCGGUGAACGACGCGGUCGCGGAGAAGAAAGUACAGACGCUCACGCUCGCAUAUGCGUCGCAGCGUCGCCUUGUGCUCGAAGCCGUGGCGUUCGGCGCGUUUUUGCGCCAAUCCGAAACUUACAUCGACGGUUACAACCCCAAACUGUUGACCCCCACGCCGCGCGGUCCGACGGGCCCGCCCGGGGCCUCGCUCCCGUCCGGAGACGACGACGACGGCGGGAGUCCCGUGGCCUAGGUUAAUGCUUGAUUCAUU